AGAUUGUAGGAAAUGAGUAUUGUUCUUAGGAAACCGACCAAGUUUUCAAGGUUUGCUUUUUAUUCAGUUGCAAAAUUCUCUUCAGAAAAAGCUAAGAAACAGCAGAAAUUUACUUUCUGUACGCAAGGUGUGGCCAAAGAGAAUAAUAGUCAAGACCAGAAACCACAGCUUUCCAGUGAAGAAGCAACUACAGCUGCUGCGUUGCAACAGAUUACAACUUCUUAUUCGAACAAAGGAUAUGCUCUGGAUGUGACCGAAAGAACAGUGUUGGGAAGGCCUAUUUAUCUUGACGCUCAGUCAACAACUCCAGUGGACCCUCGAGUAUUGGAUGCUAUGUUACCCUAUUAUGUGUCACAGUAUGGCAAUCCACACUCAAGAACACACGCCUAUGGCUGGGCAACAGAGGAAGCAGUCGAAAAGUCUAGAGCUAACGUAGCUGCACUUAUUGGUGCCGACGCAAAGGAAAUUAUUUUCACCUCUGGAGCUACCGAAAGCAAUAACGCUGCAAUCAAAGGGGUAGCAAACUUUUACAAAGAAAGAAAGCGUCAUAUUAUUACUACACAAACGGAGCAUAAAUGUGUCUUGGAUUCUUGCAGGCAUUUACAACAAAAUGGCUUUGAAGUUACUUAUUUGCCAGUAAAUAAGGAAGGCCUAGUUAGUCUAGAAGAUGUGAAGAAUGCUAUUCGUCCAGAUACCGUUUUAGUGUCCGUUAUGAUGGUAAAUAACGAAAUUGGAGUCAUUCAACCAGUAGAAGAGAUUGGGAAGAUUUGUCGAGAACGCAAGGUUUUCUUUCAUACGGAUGCUGCUCAAGCAGUAGGAAAGAUUCCUUUAGAUGUUGAAAAGAUGCAUAUUGAUCUUAUGUCAAUAUCUGGACAUAAGAUUUAUGGACCAAAAGGUAUAGGAGCUUUAUAUGUGCGAAGAAAACCUCGUGUUCGUUUAGAGCCAAUAAUUAAUGGUGGAGGCCAAGAACGAGGCUUACGGAGUGGAACUCUUCCGGCUCCACUUGUAGUAGGAAUGGGUGCUGCAUGUGAAGUUUGUAUGGAGGAAAUGGAAAGAGAUUAUCAACAUGUAUCACAGUUAAGUGAACGCCUGAUACGACAGAUUCGUUCAUCCAUACCUCACGUGGUAUUGAAUGGUUCCGAAGUUCAUCGAUAUCCUGGAAAUGUCAAUUUUUCCUUUGCAUAUGUAGAAGGGGAGUCCUUGUUAAUGGCUUUGAAAAAAGUAGCUGUGAGUAGUGGCAGUGCCUGUACAUCAGCCUCAUUGGAACCUUCUUAUGUACUUCGUGCAUUAGGUGUAGAUGAAGAUAUGGCACACACAAGUAUACGCUUUGGUCUGGGUAGAUUUACUACUGCAAAGGAAGUAGAUUUUACUGUUGAGUUGGCUAAGAGACAUGUUGCUCGACUAAGAGAUAUGAGUCCUUUGUGGGAGAUGGUUCAAGAAGGAAUAGACUUGAAGAGUAUUCAAUGGACACAAGAACAUUAAGUGUGAAUAAUAAAAGAAAUGGAAGAGCAUCGUUUGGUGAAUUUAAUGUUAAUGAAAAGCUGUCCAAGAAGGAUAUCUGGUUUUGCUUUCUACUCUCACAGUUAUGGCAAGAGCGAUAAACGAAAUCCUACACUC